AUGCAGAAUGCUCUGUUCAUCUAUAAAUACGCAUCGACGAAUCCAGAAAGUCCACAGAUUCCGAUUCAAAUCGCGAGAAAAAAUUUGUUCAGAGAUAUGGACGAAUCGUCGUCUGCUAAAAGGUUGGAAGGUAAAGUGGCCAUAAUUACCGGCGGCGCUAGUGGAUUCGGGGAGAGCACCGCCAGAUUAUUCGUCCGGCACGGCGCCAAGGUGAUCGUCGCCGACGUCCAAGAUGAGCUCGGCCGGUCACUCUGUCAAGAACUCGGCCCGGAGAAAACCGUUUCGUAUGUCCACUGCGAUGUGACGAGCGAUUCCGAUGUGAAGAACGCCGUCGACGUCGCGGUGGCCAAGUACGGGAAGCUGGACAUAAUGUACAACAACGCCGGAAUCACCGGCGAAAUGGAUCCGACGAUUUUAGGAACAGAGGGGGAGAAUUUCAAGAAGGUUUUCGAGGUGAAUGUUUACGGCGGAUUUUUAGGGGCGAAACACGCGGCUAGGGUUAUGAUUCCGAAGAGGAGAGGCGUGAUUCUGUUCACGGCGAGUGUUGCGUCGGUGAAUAGCGGGGAAUCGCCGCACGCGUACGCGAUGUCGAAGAACGCGGUGGUGGGAUUGAUGAGGAAUUUGUGCGUCGAAUUGGGGGAAUUUGGGAUUAGGGUUAAUUCGGUAUCUCCGGGCGCCAUUGCGACGCCGUUACUGAGAAAUGCGUUGGGAUUCACGGAGGAGGCGUUGGAGGAGGUGAUCCGGUCGACGGCGAUCUUGAAAGGGGCGGUGCCGACGGCGGAGGAUGUGGCGGAGGCGGCGCUCUACUUGUGUAGCGACGAAUCCAGGGUCAUAAGCGGGCAUAAUCUUGUGGUGGACGGAGGGUACAGCACCGCCAACCUCUCCUUCUCCGCCGCUGUUAUCAGAAAACUUUCAUCCAACGGUUAUUAAAGCCCUGAUCACUUUUUAUUUUUGGAGUUCGAGAAAUGGAAAUUCACAUUGAAACUAUGCUAAAAGUAAAGAGUAAAUCAUGCAUUCGAGGAGGAGUUAUUUGAAUGUUUGGAACAAUGCAAUUCUAUAUAAUUUGAAUAUAAGAGAGAAUUAUUUGUCAAAAAAGAAAAAAAAUUAGAGAAUUAAAAAUAAGUAUUUAUUGCAUUCCACCGCUAUACAAGCUUUGCCUUC